AUGACACUGCUCAAUGGCCUUAUUCCAAUAGACUGUAAAGAUUUUCGUGCAGAUGGUCACACUAAUUCAGGGGUGUAUGAAAUCUAUCCCUAUGGCGCCAUUACCAGUCCUAUCAGAUUUUACUGCGACAUGGAGACAAUGGACGGAGGAUGGACGCUACAAAGAACGAUAACUCUUCACGCUAGGAUGUUUUUACGUUCAGACAAGGCAAAAUUUCUGUUUACAGAUUUUAUUGUCAUGUUUUUCUUCACUGGAGGAGACAGCAUGUUAAACACUGGGAAUGCUAACUUUGAUCUGUCAGGGAUAUACUUCAGUACACCAGACAGAGACCACGACAGAUGGGGAGGUGGGGGUAGUUGUGCUGCUGGUAAUUGGGGAGGCUGGUGGUUUAACUUAUUUCGCUUGUUUUCCCUCAACGGUCCCUGGUAUCCUGAGUCCUGGACUUAUCCUUGGUAUCCUAAAAUCACAUCCGGUGAUUCUGUGAGGGAGACAAUGAUGUUGGUCAAACGUCACUAG